CGGCGGCGGGCGGGCGGGGGAGCAUUCCUGUGCCGCGGGGCCCCGGCGAGCCCCGCUCCCGCCGCCCCCCGCCCGCAGGUGCAGGGGGCUGGCACUCGGAACUGGAAAGAGCUGGUUGGAGUUUGCACUUUAAGCUGCCGGCUGGGAAGGAGCCGGGGGCCCGGAGCUGGUGCGGGCGCGCAGCGCCGCGGGAGGAUGACUCGGUGGCUGCGGUCCCUCGUGGGAGCGCUGCUCCUGCUCGAGGGAGCGGCCGCCCUCAGCUUCCUCCACCAUCGCUAUGAGGAGAUGGUGCAGGCCCUGUUCCGCGUGCAGAGCCAGUGCCCCUACGUCACCCGCAUCUACAGCAUCGGCCGCAGCGUCGAGGGCCGACACCUCUACGUGCUGGAGUUCAGUGACUACCCAGGCAUCCACGAGCCCCUGGAGCCUGAGUUCAAGUAUGUUGGGAACAUGCAUGGGAACGAGGUGCUGGGCCGUGAGCUGCUGCUGCAGCUCUCCGAGUUCCUGUGCGAGGAGUACCGCUGGGGCAACGAGCGGAUCACCCGCCUCAUCCACGACACACGCAUCCACAUCAUGCCCUCCAUGAACCCCGACGGGUACGAAGUGGCUGCCAAGCAGGGCCCAGACAGCAAUGGAUACUUGACAGGGAGGAACAACGCCAACGGAGUGGACUUGAAUCGCAACUUCCCUGACCUCAACACAUUCAUGUACUACAGUGGGGAAAUCAGUGGGCCAAAUCACCACAUCCCACUGCCUGACAACUGGAAAAGCCAGGUGGAGCCAGAGACACUGGCUGUGAUCCAGUGGAUCAGCAGCUACAACUUUGUGCUUUCCGCCAAUCUGCACGGUGGAGCAGUGGUGGCAAAUUACCCCUAUGACAAGUCUCAGGACCAGCGGUUCAGGAGCCACCGGCGCACGGUCAACACUCCCACUCCUGAUGACAAGUUGUUUCAGAAGCUGGCCAAGACCUACUCGUAUGCCCAUGGCUGGAUGCAUCGUGGCUGGAACUGUGGGGACUACUUUGCUGAUGGCAUCACGAAUGGGGCAUCCUGGUACUCUCUCAGCAAAGGUAUGCAGGACUUCAAUUACCUCUACACCAACUGCUUUGAAAUCACCCUGGAGUUGAGCUGCAAUAAGUUCCCCCCUGAAGAGGACCUGGAGCGGCAGUGGAUGGCCAACCGGGAGGCCCUUGUUGCUUUCAUUGAAGAGGUUCACCAGGGCAUCAAAGGGAUGGUGUCAGACGAGAACAACAACGGCAUUGCAGGAGCAGUGAUUUCCGUUCAGGGAAUCAGCCAUGAUAUCACCUCUGGUAAUACAGGGGAUUAUUUCCGGCUGCUGCUGCCUGGCACUUACACUGUCACGGCCUCUGCAGAGGGAUACCAGCCCCAGACAAUCACAACAACCGUGGGCCCAGCUGCACCUUCAUUGGACAUGAUGAUGUGGGGACAGCAUCUGUUCCCUGAGGUUUUGCUAUCCCUCUGGCUCUGUGGGUUUCAGUACUCUGCUGUCAUCUCCAUCCUGCCCAGGACAAAACACGCUACCAGACUGGUAGCAAGAGGCUGAAAUCUGCCUUUCUUUCUGCCAAGAGCAACCAAGAUAGGUACAUUUCCAGCUGAAACAAGAUGUAGUGAGGAAGCCCCCGGAGCGUAAAAACUCAGGAACACGCAUGAACAACAAAGCCCUUCACAAGAAGGUAGUGCCAAGAGCCACCCGCUGGGGGACCAGAAG